AUGGUUUCUGAAUACAUUCAAAAUACGAAGAAAGAUCCAGCAGUGUACUCAACCUCCAAUGGAGUUCCUUAUGCCAAUCAUCCAUAUGGUGCCCAAACGGCAGGCCCUGGCGGGCCACUAUUAUUGCAAGAUUUUAAUUUGAUGGACGACAUUUCUCACUUCGAUCAUGAAAGAAUCCCAGAAAGAGUUGUUCACGCAAAAGGUGGUGGUGCUCACGGAUAUUUCGAAUUGACUGAUUCAUUGUCUGAUUUAACUUAUGCCCGUCCAUUACAAUCCCCAGGCUAUAAAUGUCCUGUAUCAGUUAGAUUCUCUACAGUUGGAGGUGAAAGGGGUACACCGGACACAAUAAGAGAUCCAAGGGGGUUCUCAAUUAAAUUGAAAACUGACAUUGGUAAUAUGGAUUGGGUUUUUAACAAUACACCAAUCUUCUUUAUUAGAGACCCGAUUAAGUUCUCCAAAUUUAUUCACACCCAAAAGAGAGAUCCAUCUACAAACCUUAAUCAAUUAACUGAUCCAUACCAUACUUGGGACUACUUUAUUCAGAAUCCUGAAUGCUUACAUCAAAUAACUUACAUGUUUGGUAAAAGGGGUAUUCCAAAGAGUUGGGCCGAAAUGCACGGAUAUUCGGGUCAUACAUUUAAACUAAUUAACGAUAAAGAUGAAAUUACUUAUAUUCAGAUCCAUUGUCUUGCUGAUGGAGGUUUUGACGGCUUUAGUGACAAAGAAGGUAAAGAGUUGGCUGGUUCAUCACCUGAAUACAACACUAAGGAUUUAUAUGAAAGAAUUGCUGCUGGUAAUUAUCCAUCAUAUUCAUUUUAUGUUCAAACGAUGACACCUAAACAAGCUGAAGAAUUUCGUUAUUCUAUCAAUGAUUUAACAAAAGUAUGGCCUCACAAAGAAUUCCCAUUAAGAAAGUUUGGCCGCAUGGUUUUAGAUAAGAAUCCGGUAAAUUACCACGAUGAAAUUGAACAAAUUGCCUUUUCACCUGCUCAUUUAGUUCCCGGAAUUGAGCCUUCAAAUGAUCCUGUUUUACAAUCUAGGUUAUACUCUUACUCUGAUACACAUCGUCAUAGAUUAGGCGCCAAUUACCAACAGUUACCGGUUAACAAACCAAGGACAUUUGAUAGUAAUUCUGGAUGUCCAUUUUUAGCAGGUAAUUUUCAAAGAGAAGGGAUUGCAUCUAUUGAUAAUCAAGGAUCUAGACCUAAUUAUUUGAGUUCGUUAUUACCUAUUAAUUCUGUCUCGAACGAUCCAAAGUCAUACAAGAAUGGAUUACCACCUGUUGAAGAAAAAAAGUAUUUAGGUGUUGUUCCGAAACGAUCUACUGAUAAAUAUGAAAUUUUACAGAAAGAACGUAAUUUGAAGGCACAUGAAGAAAAAAUUUGGCUCAAAUCGUAUGACUAUAUUUCUGGAUUUAGUGAGCUAGAUGUUGAACAGCCAAGAGCCCUUUAUAAAAAUAUUAUUAGUAAGCAAGAUAAAGGGGAUUUCAUAGAAGCUAUUGUUGGACAUGCAUCGAAAAUAAGUGUUCCUCAAAUAAAAGAAAGAGUACCUCAGUUAUGGGGUUUGAUAGACGGGGAUUUAGGAAGUGAAGUUGCUAAAGGUUUAGGAGUAAGUUACAAGCAUCUUACUGUUGACGAAUAUAUCGAAGAUCUUGGAAUAGCUCCUGCUAACUAA